AUGGCUGAACACCUCCUGCGCCUGCACCACGAGCAAGGCCUUGAAGGCUUCAUGGAUAUGGCAUACGGGUUUGCGGCGCUGACGUAUAGUAGUUUUGGGGAGGAGUCAAAGGCGCGCGAGUAUGCGGCGAGGGCGAAGAGGGCGAUCGAGAUGAAGGAUGGGGUUUGGAGUGCGAAUUGGCGGGUUUGGGAGGCGGUGAGGAGGGAGGGGGUUAAAGGGCAUUGGAGUUGGAGGAGAAGGGUGGAGGGUUAG